AUGAGGAGCAAGGUGUUGGAACUGACAGCGAACAAGGAAGUGGUGAGAGAGCUGUUCGAGCUGCUCAUCGAAGAAGCCGACACUCUAGACUCCCUUCCAGGAAUCGUCGGCUGCUUGGAGCGGCUAUACAGUAUUCCACCAUUCUCCAGACAGUUCGACGCGUCGGACCUCGCCCCCUUGGUAGCUGAGUUCUUCGAAGACGUGUUUCCGCUGAAGGCCUCUCAGUUCCUCUAUGGUGGUACCCCCCCCGAGAACGACUUCGCAGCAGACCAAAAGCAUCGCGCAUGGCAACUUUUCCUGUCGCAAACCUUCGAUCUCACCAGCCACCUCUUCCGGCACACGCCCGACUUCACAACCGAAGCCCUGCACAGCGGGCUGCUCUCCGCCCUCAUCAAGUUCAUCCCGUUCCGCGAUACCGAGCCCUCUUCCGAGAUCAAAGAUACUCUUAGCCUCGUACUUUCCAUUCUCCUGGUUCAAAACAUCUGCAAAGCCGUCGCCGGGUUCUUCCGGGGCGAUGCUCCGACCAGAGAAUGGGCGUCCGAACAAGUCGGAUCAGCGGAGUGGGCGUCCUGGAUCGCGGACGUCCUCAGCUUCUUGCGGCGCGCGGCCGCGGCGGUACACGCGCCGGAGGCAGGGUUUUACUUGUCGGCCCUCAUGGCACUGGUGCACGUCGUUUCCCUCCUCGCACAGGAAUCUGUCGGCACAGAGAUUUUCACGCCCGCGGUUGUGGCGCACGUUUCCGACGGUGUGAACGCGCUCUUCGAGGUGGACGUGGCACACCUCGAGGCGUUCAGAAGGAUCUGGCAUAGCACAGAGUACCGCCUGAAGCAUCUCAACUCUCCGACGGAAACGGAAAACCGUCAGAAAGAGCAGAACCUCGAAGAAAAGAGCCGCGUAGCUUUUCAAGAGGCCAUGGACCUGCUGACGAAGCUGAACGCCGGGGCGGGGGAUGCGGAAAGUCUUGGAACUCUCAUCACCAACAAGCUGCACGCUCUCAUUCUCUCGGAGCUGGCCUUCGCUCAAGUUGACAAGUACAAGCGCGUCAUUGCGGAGGGAGCCCCGGACGUCAUGAUGCGCGUGCUGGAGCGCGGCGCGGCCGCGCUGCCGCGCGGCCAGUUGACGACCCAAGCCAGGAUGGCUCUGAACGUUCUCAUGGUCAUGAUAGGUUGCGGCGGGCCCGCGGACCUGCGCGGCCGCGUCGCGCAAUAUGACAUGCCGUACGCGGAGGGUUUGGAAGAGAUCGGCCCGCGGCUCUUGGCGUGGGCGGCAAGCGACUACGGGGCGCUUGACCGGUACGACCGGGAGAACCUGACGCAGUGUCUGUUCGCGGCGUUUGAGACGGUCCCCGGGCGGAAGUACCGGCACCGGUACGCACUGGUGGAGCUGGCGGUCCGGACCAUCGAGGAGGACGAGGUGCACGGGGGAAGCGUCACCGGGAAGGCCUGGAACGGCCUCGCGUCGCUCGCGCUCUUCCUCCCGGAGUUUUCCCCCGCUCUCGUUGCAAGAUUCGAGGCGUUCGAUGCGCUGCCAGAGGAGGAGCGGCUGGCAGUUGGCGCGACCUUACGUUUCCACCCAACCCAGCCCCGGUCUCUGACCGGCUACCCGGAUAUCGGCCUUUCGGCAUAG